AUGUCUAAUACGUCAGCCGGCGACCUCGCAAAGCUCACAGUCCCUCAGCUCAAAGCGUUGUGCAAAGAACGUCGCAUUGUCGGGUAUUCGAAACUCGGAAAAGCUGUUCUGCUCCUGAAAUUAACUAAUUAUGAUGCUGCCCGUGGUGACCCUCAGCCUCAGGGUGUCAUUUCAAUCCAACCAUCAAUAUCGAAAACAAUGGCACCAGAACACGCAGGCUAUCCAGCCGAUCUAGUUCCUGCAGGUUCCACUGGAGUUACUGUUCUCAAUCAUACUCGUAAUGCACAGACAAUAAACAAGGACCUCACUGCUACAUCCGCCGAAAAAUCUGCCCUACGUAAAGCACUGCCUGUGUCUGGUCCGGUGGAUCACUCAGCUGCCAACUAUUGUACAUCACCAACGGCUGCUGUCGCUCCAUCAAGCCAUGACGCCCCCACCGUGAGCCAGAGCACGAAACGGCCCCGUGUUUCUGCUAUGUUCGAGUCCACAAAAAGACAAAAGUCCUCUGCUGUGAAUGCUGUAGCUGUCUGUGAUGCCAACUCCUCUCCAAUUUGUACGAAGUUACCCACGGCUACUGGAACCCUCAAGGCGCGCGCUGGUCCGAGUGCUUCAUCAAACGCAGUACCUAUCAUCACUCAACCUCGAAAUAUUAACCUUGUCCAGAAAGGCUCUACAACAAACCUUCAGGGCCGAUUCAAACCUCCUGUUUUUACAACAACUCCAAUUAUCGCCAGCACAUCAGGAAUCUCCCAGCGAGUCUUCCACAACGACCACAGGGCUGACGAAAUUACUUCUACACCCCCCGGUACUUUUGGCCUUGAGGCUGCUCCCGUUUUGAUACCAUCCUUAACAAAUAUUACAUUUCCACCUAAGCUAUCCGACAGAAAACGGGUUCAACGCUGGGCAGUAAUCCUUUCUGCACUCACUGAUCGAGAUCGCCAGACUUGCACCCUGGUCUCUCGGACAUUUCGAUAUGCAGGCAGGAUACAAUCUGGAGUAUACCUUUCUGCCAUGCAUAUACUCACACAGAAGUAUCAUGGUCGCCGUCUAAACCAAAUAAUGAAGUACCAUCCACAAAACACAACAAAUAUGUGGCCCUACCUGCGUCAGCGUCAGAACGAAGUGACUUUCUGGAGACAUGCGUUUCAAAAUUCUUGGGUUGGAAGGUACAACUCCUCGCUUGGAAUAGACCCUCUGUCUGCACGUCUCUGGGCGAGCGCAGAUGAUGAGAAGCAGGUGGUUGUGGCGCUGAGGUUCAGGUUUAUCGUUACAAGACUUUGGUUCACGCUCUCUGUCGGAACAACAAGUGAGCGAGAUCCAACAGCAUGGCUAAAAAGAACUGUGGAAGAUGCCCAAGAAGUUGUGAAAGGUGAGAUCUGGGCCAUCACGAUUCGAGACGAAAAUUCGUUAUCCGAGUUCUACGUGCUGGAAUCCACUUGCGAAGUCAUUGGCCGGGCACUCAACGCUCCUCAAUCUGAAGUCUACUCCUCUGGUUUGCGUGCUGACUGGUCAAGAUACAUAUCAUCUCGUACUGGUAUUUCUGCGGGGCCACGUAACUCGAUCUCAGAGAAUCUUCGAUGGGCGAAUUACGAGGAAUAUGACAGAGGAAUAAGCAGGCAUUGGCUGCGCCGCAUCUCUGGUGAAGACGAUGUCGGCUUGUCGAAAAAGGUGGUCGCCGAGCGAUAUGUCCUGGCGUGUGUGGUUGCCAAUAGCAUUAGUGGCCAGUGGAUGUCAUCUAAUCAGAUGGCGCAAGAAUUCGCAGGUUUGCCAUCUCAAGUGACCCUUGCAACUAUCAGAAGCGAAAAACCAAAGAUAAACCUUUACCUACCAGCCCAUCAUCAUGUUGAGAGCGUUCACCUUACCUCACCAAAAGGUGUACCAUUGCACUCGGCUCUUGCCGUCAUACAGACCCCAGCAAGAGAAUACAUCGUCUUGAAGGAUAAUGGAAUGCAAGUUGGAUGCGAAGAAGAUGGUGUUGCAAAUGUGUGGAUGCACGUCCUUGGAUGCGACAAAAAUGGGAUGACGAUUGUACGUUUCAAAUGA